CAACAUUAACAAGGUCUCUGUAGAGGGCGCACCUACCACUACCACAACCAUGGCUGAGGGCCGUAGACAGAGAAGAGAUGUUGUGUUCCUUCUGGAUGGAUCGGAUGGAACUAGGAAUGGAUUCCCAGCAAUGAAAGACUUUGUGCAAAGAAUGGUGGAGAAAUUGGAGGUUGCCGAGAACAGAGAUCGCAUUUCUGUUGUCCAAUACAGCAGAGAAGCGGAGGCCAAUUUCUAUCUAAACACAUACACGACAAAGGAAGAAAUUCUUGAUGGUGUCAGGGGUCUGAGGCACAAAGGAGGCAGACCCCUUUACACGGGGGCAGCUCUCCAGUACGUCAGAGACAAUGUCUUUACUGCUUCCUCUGGCAGCAGGCGACUGGAGGGUGUGCCGCAGAUACUGGUUUUGCUUAGCGGGGGAAGGUCAUUUGACAGUGUCGAUGCAGCAGCCUCCUCUCUGAAAGAGCUUGGCAUCUUGACUUUUGGAAUAGGAUCCAGAGGCUCUGAUAGCAGAGAACUGCAGAGAAUAUCAUAUGAACCCGAUUAUGCUCUGUCCGUGUCUGAUUUCAGUGAGCUACCAAAUGUCCAAGAGCAGCUGCUUGCCUCUGUACAGGUUACUUCAAUUCCCGUCACUCCAACUUCACCGACUGUUACCGCUGAAUACAGCACACCCAGAAAAGAUGUAGUGUUUCUGCUGGACGGUUCAGAUGGCACUAGGAGUUCUUUCCCAGCUAUGCGGGACUUUGUGCAAAGAGUAGUGGAGAAAUUCAACAUAGGGGCAAACAGAGACCGCGUUUCUGUUGUGCAGUACAGUAGAGACGCUGAGGUCCAUUUCUAUCUGAAUAGCUACACCAAAAAGGAAGACAUUCUUGACCGUGUCACAGGUCUGAGACACAAAGGAGGCCGACCCCUCUACACGGGGGCAGCUCUCCAGUACGUCAGAGACAAUGUCUUUACUGCUUCUUCCGGCAGCAGACGGCUGGAGGGUGUGCCACAGAUACUAAUCCUGCUGAGCGGGGGAAGGUCAUUUGACAGCGUUGAUGCAGCAGCAUCCUCUCUAAAAGAGCUCGGUGUCUUGACCUUGGGAAUAGGAUCGAGGGGCUCUGAUAGCCGAGAACUGCAGAGAAUAUCGCACGAAGCCAAUUAUGCUCUGUCCGUGGCUGACUUCAGUGAUCUUCCAAAUGUCCAGGAGCAGCUGUUGGCCUCUGUGCAGACGGUUGCAACGUCCGACACUCCAACUUCCCCAACUCUCACUGCUGAUGACACCAUUCCCAGAAAGGAUGUAGUGUUUCUGCUGGACGGCUCAGAUGGCACUAGGAAUACUUUCCCAGCCAUCCGUGAAUUUGUGCAGACAUUAGUAGAGCAAUUCAACGUAGAGCCAAACAGAGAUCGCAUUUCUGUGGUACAGUACAGUAGAGAUGCUGAGGUCAAUUUCUACCUGAAUACCUACACAGCAAAAGCAGACAUCUUGAACACGGUCAGAGGUCUGAGGCAUAGAGGAGGGAGACCCCUCAACACGGGGGCAGCUCUCCAGUACGUGCGGGACAGUGUCUUCACUGCCUCUGCCGGGAGUAGGAAAAAAGAGGGUGUGCCUCAGGUUCUUAUCCUCCUCACUGGAGGACGCUCAAACGACAACAUAGAUACACCUGCCUCUGCCCUGAAAGAAAGCGGGGUCUUGAUCUUGGGUAUCGGCACCAGAAAUUCAAGCAGAGAGGUCCAGAGAAUUACCAAUGACCCUGCCUAUGCACAAUCCCUCAAUGAUUUCUCUGACCUUCCCGGUGUCCAGCAGCAGUUUUACAGCUCCCUCAACAAUGUGCUUGUUCAAGUUAGGCCAAUGCCACCUACUGUUGCAGCUGAGCGAAGGAUGGCUAGGAGGGAUGUAGUGUUCCUGCUGGACGGUUCAGAUGGCACGAGGAGCUCUUUCUCUGCAAUGAGAGACUUUGUUGAAAGGAUGGUGGAAAGACUGAACGUGUCUGAGAACAGAGACCGUGUCUCUGUGGUCCAAUACAGCAGAGAUCCAGAGGCUCAUUUCUAUCUGAACACCUACUCAAGAAAGGAGGACGUUCUUAACAUGGUCAGGGGUCUGAGGCACAAAGGAGGGAGACCUCUCAACACGGGGGCAGCUCUGCAGUACUUGAGAGACAAUGUCUUCACUGCCUCCUCUGGGAGCAGACGUGCAGAAGGUGUGCCUCAGUUGCUGAUACUGCUGAGUGGCGCAAGGUCAUUUGAUAAUGCUGACAUACCAGCCUCAUCCCUAAAGGAGCUGGGAGUGCUUAUCUUUGCGAUAGGGUCAAGGACCUCAGACAGCCAGGAGCUCCAGAGGAUCUCCCAAGAGCCUAGCUACGCACUCUCAGUGAGUGACUUCACUGACCUUCCCAGUGUCCAACAGCAGCUUUUUACCAACAUUAACAAGGUCUCUGUAGAGGGCGCACCUACCACUACCACAACCAUGGCUGAGGGCCGUAGACAGAGAAGAGAUGUUGUGUUCCUUCUGGAUGGAUCGGAUGGAACUAGGAAUGGAUUCCCAGCAAUGAAAGACUUUGUGCAAAGAAUGGUGGAGAAAUUGGAGGUUGCCGAGAACAGAGAUCGCAUUUCUGUUGUCCAAUACAGCAGAGAAGCGGAGGCCAAUUUCUAUCUAAACACAUACACGACAAAGGAAGAAAUUCUUGAUGGUGUCAGGGGUCUGAGGCACAAAGGAGGCAGACCCCUUUACACGGGGGCAGCUCUCCAGUACGUCAGAGACAAUGUCUUUACUGCUUCCUCUGGCAGCAGGCGACUGGAGGGUGUGCCGCAGAUACUGGUUUUGCUUAGCGGGGGAAGGUCAUUUGACAGUGUCGAUGCAGCAGCCUCCUCUCUGAAAGAGCUUGGCAUCUUGACUUUUGGAAUAGGAUCCAGAGGCUCUGAUAGCAGAGAACUGCAGAGAAUAUCAUAUGAACCCGAUUAUGCUCUGUCCGUGUCUGAUUUCAGUGAGCUACCAAAUGUCCAAGAGCAGCUGCUUGCCUCUGUACAGGUUACUUCAAUUCCCGUCACUCCAACUUCACCGACUGUUACCGCUGAAUACAGCACACCCAGAAAAGAUGUAGUGUUUCUGCUGGACGGUUCAGAUGGCACUAGGAGUUCUUUCCCAGCUAUGCGGGACUUUGUGCAAAGAGUAGUGGAGAAAUUCAACAUAGGGGCAAACAGAGACCGCGUUUCUGUUGUGCAGUACAGUAGAGACGCUGAGGUCCAUUUCUAUCUGAAUAGCUACACCAAAAAGGAAGACAUUCUUGACCGUGUCACAGGUCUGAGGCACAAAGGAGGCCGACCCCUCUACACGGGGGCAGCUCUCCAGUACGUCAGAGACAAUGUCUUUACUGCUUCUUCCGGCAGCAGACGGCUGGAGGGUGUGCCACAGAUACUAAUCCUGCUGAGCGGGGGAAGGUCAUUUGACAGCGUUGAUGCAGCAGCAUCCUCUCUAAAAGAGCUCGGUGUCUUGACCUUGGGAAUAGGAUCGAGGGGCUCUGAUAGCCGAGAACUGCAGAGAAUAUCGCACGAAGCCAAUUAUGCUCUGUCCGUGGCUGACUUCAGUGAGCUUCCAAAUGUCCAGGAGCAGCUGUUGGCCUCUGUGCAGACGGUUGCAACGUCCGACACUCCAACUUCCCCAACUCUCACUGCUGAUGACACCAUUCCCAGAAAGGAUGUAGUGUUUCUGCUGGACGGCUCAGAUGGCACUAGGAAUACUUUCCCAGCCAUCCGUGAAUUUGUGCAGACAUUAGUAGAGCAAUUCAACGUAGAGCCAAACAGAGAUCGCAUUUCUGUGGUACAGUACAGUAGAGAUGCUGAGGUCAAUUUCUACCUGAAUACCUACACAGCAAAAGCAGACAUCUUGAACACGGUCAGAGGUCUGAGGCAUAGAGGAGGGAGACCCCUCAACACGGGGGCAGCUCUCCAGUACGUGCGGGACAGUGUCUUCACUGCCUCUGCCGGGAGUAGGAAAAAAGAGGGUGUGCCUCAGGUUCUUAUCCUCCUCACUGGAGGACGCUCAAACGACAACAUAGAUACACCUGCCUCUGCCCUGAAAGAAAGCGGGGUCUUGAUCUUGGGUAUCGGCACCAGAAAUUCAAGCAGAGAGGUCCAGAGAAUUACCAAUGACCCUGCCUAUGCACAAUCCCUCAAUGAUUUCUCUGACCUUCCCGGUGUCCAGCAGCAGUUUUACAGCUCCCUCAACAAUGUGCUUGUUCAAGUUAGGCCAAUGCCACCUACUGUUGCAGCUGAGCGAAGGAUGGCUAGGAGGGAUGUAGUGUUCCUGCUGGACGGUUCAGAUGGCACGAGGAGCUCUUUCUCUGCAAUGAGAGACUUUGUUGAAAGGAUGGUGGAAAGACUGAACGUGUCUGAGAACAGAGACCGUGUCUCUGUGGUCCAAUACAGCAGAGAUCCAGAGGCUCAUUUCUAUCUGAACACAUACUCAAGAAAGGAGGACGUUCUUAACAUGGUCAGGGGUCUGAGGCACAAAGGAGGGAGACCUCUCAACACGGGGGCAGCUCUGCAGUACUUGAGAGACAAUGUCUUCACUGCCUCCUCUGGGAGCAGACGUGCAGAAGGUGUGCCUCAGUUGCUGAUACUGCUGAGUGGCGCAAGGUCAUUUGAUAAUGCUGACAUACCAGCCUCAUCCCUAAAGGAGCUGGGAGUGCUUAUCUUUGCGAUAGGGUCAAGGACCUCAGACAGCCAGGAGCUCCAGAGGAUCUCCCAAGAGCCUAGCUACGCACUCUCAGUGAGUGACUUCACUGACCUUCCCAGUGUCCAACAGCAGCUUUUUACCAACAUUAACAAGGUCUCUGUAGAGGGCGCACCUACCACUACCACAACCAUGGCUGAGGGCCGUAGACAGAGAAGAGAUGUUGUGUUCCUUCUGGAUGGAUCGGAUGGAACUAGGAAUGGAUUCCCAGCAAUGAAAGACUUUGUGCAAAGAAUGGUGGAGAAAUUGGAGGUUGCCGAGAACAGAGAUCGCAUUUCUGUUGUCCAAUACAGCAGAGAAGCGGAGGCCAAUUUCUAUCUAAACACAUACACGACAAAGGAAGAAAUUCUUGAUGGUGUCAGGGGUCUGAGGCACAAAGGAGGCAGACCCCUUUACACGGGGGCAGCUCUCCAGUACGUCAGAGACAAUGUCUUUACUGCUUCCUCUGGCAGCAGGCGACUGGAGGGUGUGCCGCAGAUACUGGUUUUGCUUAGCGGGGGAAGGUCAUUUGACAGUGUCGAUGCAGCAGCCUCCUCUCUGAAAGAGCUUGGCAUCUUGACUUUUGGAAUAGGAUCCAGAGGCUCUGAUAGCAGAGAACUGCAGAGAAUAUCAUAUGAACCCGAUUAUGCUCUGUCCGUGUCUGAUUUCAGUGAGCUACCAAAUGUCCAAGAGCAGCUGCUUGCCUCUGUACAGGUUACUUCAAUUCCCGUCACUCCAACUUCACCGACUGUUACCGCUGAAUACAGCACACCCAGAAAAGAUGUAGUGUUUCUGCUGGACGGUUCAGAUGGCACUAGGAGUUCUUUCCCAGCUAUGCGGGACUUUGUGCAAAGAGUAGUGGAGAAAUUCAACAUAGGGGCAAACAGAGACCGCGUUUCUGUUGUGCAGUACAGUAGAGACGCUGAGGUCCAUUUCUAUCUGAAUAGCUACACCAAAAAGGAAGACAUUCUUGACCGUGUCACAGGUCUGAGGACACAAAGGAGGCCGACCCCCUACACGGGGGCAGCUCUCCAGUACGUCAGAGACAAGGUCUUUACUGCUUCUUCCGGCAGCAGACGGCUGGAGGGUGUGCCACAGAUACUAAUCCUGCUGAGCGGGGGAAGGUCAUUUGACAGCGUUGAUGCAGCAGCAUCCUCUCUAAAAGAGCUCGGUGUCUUGACCUUGGGAAUAGGAUCGAGGGGCUCUGAUAGCCGAGAACUGCAGAGAAUAUCGCACGAAGCCAAUUAUGCUCUGUCCGUAGCUGACUUCAGUGAGCUUCCAAAUGUCCAAGAGCAGCUGUUGGCCUCUGUGCAGACGGUUGCAACGUCCGACACUCCAACUUCCCCAACUCUCACUGCUGAUGACACCAUUCCCAGAAAGGAUGUAGUGUUUCUGCUGGACGGCUCAGAUGGCACUAGGAAUACUUUCCCUGCCAUCCGUGAAUUUGUGCAGACAUUAGUAGAGCAAUUCAACGUAGAGCCAAACAGAGAUCGCAUUUCUGUGGUACAGUACAGUAGAGAUGCUGAGGUCAGUUUCUACCUGAAUACCUACACAGCAAAAGCAGACAUCUUGAACACAGUCAGAGGUCUGAGGCAUAAAGGAGGGAGACCCCUCAACACGGGGGCAGCUCUCCAGUACGUGCGGGACAGUGUCUUCACUGCCUCUGCCGGGAGUAGGAAAAAAGAGGGUGUGCCUCAGGUUCUUAUCCUCCUCACUGGAGGACGCUCAAACGACAACAUAGAUACACCUGCCUCUGCCCUGAAAGAAAGCGGGGUCUUGAUCUUGGGCAUCGGCACCAGAAAUUCAAGCAGAGAGGUCCAGAGAAUUACCAAUGACCCUGCCUAUGCACAAUCCCUCAAUGAUUUCUCUGACCUUCCCGGUGUCCAGCAGCAGUUUUACAGCUCCCUCAACAAUGUGCUUGUUCAAGUUAGGCCAAUGACACCUACUGUUGCAGCUGAGCGAAGGAUGGCUAGGAGGGAUGUAGUGUUCCUGCUGGACGGUUCAGAUGGCACGAGGAGCUCUUUCUCUGCAAUGAGAGACUUUGUUGAAAGGAUGGUGGAAAGACUGAACGUGUCUGAGAACAGAGACCGUGUCUCUGUGGUCCAAUACAGCAGAGAUCCAGAGGCUCAUUUCUAUCUGAACACAUACUCAAGAAAGGAGGACGUUCUUAACAUGGUCAGGGGUCUGAGGCACAAAGGAGGGAGACCUCUCAACACGGGGGCAGCUCUGCAGUACUUGAAAGACAAUGUCUUCACUGCCUCCUCUGGGAGCAGACGUGCAGAAGGUGUGCCUCAGUUGCUGAUACUGCUGAGUGGCGCAAGGUCAUUUGAUAAUGCUGACAUACCAGCCUCAUCCCUAAAGGAGCUGGGAGUGCUUAUCUUUGCGAUAGGGUCAAGGACCUCAGACAGCCAGGAACUCCAGAGGAUCUCCCAAGAGCCUAGCUACGCACUCUCAGUGAGUGACUUCACUGACCUUCCCAGUGUCCAACAGCAGCUUUUUACCAACAUUAACAAGGUCUCUGUAGAGGGCGCACCUACCACUACCACAACCAUGGUGGAGUCUGAAGGACCCAAAAAGGACAUCAUCUUUCUGAUUGAUGGCUCUGAAGGUGUUGGCAGAGAAUUCCCAAUUAUCCAGGAGUUUGUGCGCAGGGUUGUGGAGAAUCUCAAUGUUGGUGAGAACAAGAUCCGAAUAGGUGUGGUCCAGUAUGGAGAUUUUCCAAAUGCAGACAUAUACCUCAACUCACAUAGGACUAAAGAAGGUGUUCUAAAUGGCAUCAAGGAACUCAGACAACUUAAGGGGAGACAGCGGAACCUUGGUCAGGCCAUUGACUUUGUUAGUCGUGAAGUUCUGGCUUCUGGACGUGGUGGAAGAAAAGAAGAAGGAGUUCCACAAUUUGUUGUUGUGGUUUCAGGAGGAAAAGCAACAGACAGAAUAAGACCACCUGCAACAGCACUGAAACAAUCAGGGAUCAUCCCCCUUAGCAUAGGAACAAGAGAUGUGGGCACUCAGGAAUUGCAAGUGACAUCCUAUGUUCCCAGAUUUGCUUACUCAGUUGAUGACUUGCCUGGACUUUAUACAAUUCAGGAAACUCUUAUCAACACCCUGACCGAGCUAUCUAGUGAGGAGUUAGCUAAACUGCGCCCCAUAUACCCUACAGAAACUGCAGUUCCUAUUCCUCGUGGAGAUAAGAGGGAUGUUGUUUUCCUUAUUGAUGGCACAUCAAAGAUACGCAAUGAGUUCCCCGCCAUCAGAGACAUGGUUCAGCGAGUGGUGGAGAAGUUAGAUGUGGGUCUUGACAAUGUGAGGGUCUCAGUUGUGCAGUACAGUGAUGACCCCAAAUUGGAAUUUCUCCUCAAUGAGCACUCUACCAAGGAGGAAGUUCGCCAAGCAAUAAGAAGACUGAGGAACAAAGGUGGCAAUGAACUGAACACUGGCAAAGCUCUGGAGUAUGUAUCAAAGACUAUCUAUCAACGAUCAGCUGGAAGCCGUGUAGAGGAGGGUGUGCCACAGUUUCUCAUCCUGGUAACUGGAGGAAAGUCAAAUGAUGAUGUAUCUGGCCCUGCUAACCAACUGAAGUUAAGCCGCGUUGCUCCCUUAGCAGUUGGAGCAAGGAAUGCUGAUGCAGAGGAGCUAAAAUUAAUUUCAUUUAGUCCAGAACUAGCAUACACCAUCAGAGACUUCCAGCAACUUCCUGGAGUGGAGCAACAACUUUUAAGCAAAGUCAGUACUAUGACCAGGGAUGAAAUUUCAGCCCCCACUGUGCCUAGAGACCCUCUCAAUCUUGGAAGAAAAGACAUCAUUUUCCUUAUUGAUGGCUCUGACAGUGUUGGACAAAGCGGUGUUGCUCACAUUCGUGAUUUUAUUUUGAAAGUGGUUGAUCAGCUUGAUGUACGACCUGACCAAGUUCGUGUGGCUCUAGUACAGUAUGGUGAAAGACCUAAAACUGAAUUCUCUUUGAACUCCCAUGACAACAAGCAGUCUGUCAUUUCUGCCAUCAAGAGACUGCGUCACAUGGGUGGACGUGGUGCUGACCUUGCUGAGGCUAUAAAGUAUGUGAUUCGAAAUGAGCUCCAGGCUUCUGCUGGAGUGCGUCUUGCACAAGCGUCGCAGCAUUUGGUUGUGCUCACUGGUGGAAGGUCAACCUCUGAUGUAUCUACUUACGGCUCAAUUCUCAAAGGGUCUCGGGUCAAUUGUAUAGGAAUUGGUGCUGAAAAUGCAGACUCAAGACAACUGAUACAGAUUGCUACAAGUUCUGAUGAUGUGCUGCAAGUUCCUUCUUUUCCAAAUCUUCCAAACAUACAGAGCAAGUUUAUUGCCAGACUCAGUGGAUCAACUGUAGUGGAACCAACCAUUGAGAUUGAUGAAACAACUCCUGAUCUCCCAAAGGCCAAGGCUGCUGACAUUGUCUUUUUGGUUGAUGGCUCAAUAAAUCUUGGCAGAGACAAUUUCAAAGAGGUCAUGGAAUUUAUUCUUAAUUUAAUUGACCUGUUUUUCAAUGAAAGAGACAAACUUCAAAUUGGUUUAGCACAUUAUGCUACAGAUGUGACUGAUGUAUUCUACCUCAAUACCUACAACAAUAAAGAUGACAUUAUCAAUGCCAUAACUCGAGCAGAGUACAAGGGAGGUCGGGAAAUUAGGACAGGUAAUGCGAUUCGCCAUGUUCAGAAAACCCACUUUGUAAAAGAAAAGGGAAGUCGGAAGGAUGAGGGAAUUCCACAGAUCCUGAUGGUAGUCACUGGUGGACGGUCAAGGGAUGACAGUAAAUCAGCAGCAUUAGGUCUCAAAGCCACUGGUGUGCGUGUCUAUGCUGUUGGGGUGGGUGACAUUGAGGAUGAGCUCAAUAAUUUGGGGAGUGAGGCUACUACUGUGGCUCGAGCCGGCACCUUCCAAGAGCUCUCUGAACUCAAUGAGCAGAUUUUGGAUACACUUGAUAAUGAGGUGAAGGGAAUAAAUCUGUGCACUGGAGUAAAGGAAACAAGAGAAUGCAAAAUGGAUGUUCUUGUGGGGUUUGAUGUGUCUUCCCAGAACAUCUUUGCUGCUCAGAGAUCAUUAGAGACAAAAGUGGCUGCUAUUCUCCAACGGAUUAUCCAGAUACAGUCUAUCAGUUGCACUUCUGGUCAAGCUCCAUCUAUACAAGUGGGGAUGCUAGCAAUGGACUCUGCCUCAGAGCCUGUUCAGUUGGAUUUCACCAACAAAUACACAGACCUUCUUGAGCCAUUUAAGGCUCUUCGAAACCGUGGACCUUUUGUUCUAAAUGGUGCAACAAUUAAGGCUUAUGCUGAUAGAUUCAAGAGUCGGCCUUCAGAUACUAUCAAGGUUGUAAUCCAUCUAACUGAUGGAUUAGAUGCCCAGUACAACAUUCUGAAAGAGCGAACUGAACUGAUGCGUUCCGCUGGUGUCAGUAGUUUCAUUCUUGUUGGUCUUGAGAGAGUGCCACGAUUUGAGGAUGCAGUUCUCUUGGAAUAUGGCCGUGGUUUCAGGUAUACACGACCACUGCGUGUCAAUGUCAUGGAUUUGGAUUAUGAGCUUCUGGAAGAACUGGAUAACAUUGCAGAACGGGAAUGCUGUUCUGUUCCAUGCAAGUGUAAUGGCCAGAGAGGGGACAGAGGAGCCGUUGGUGUCUCUGGACAAAAGGGUCAAUCUGGUGGUCAGGGCUCCAGCGGACAUCCUGGUGAUGAAGGUGGUCCUGGAGAGAGAGGCCCCCCUGGUGUAAAUGGAACUCAAGGAUUCCAAGGAUGCCCAGGUCAAAGAGGUGUUAAAGGAUCUCGAGGAUACAAUGGUGAAAAGGGUGAAAUUGGAGAGAUUGGUUUAGAUGGAAUCAACGGAGAGGAGGGAACAAGUGGCAUUGCUGGUCCUCCAGGAGACAGAGGAAACCCUGGCCAAAGGGGGCCUAAAGGGGCCAAAGGCCAGGCAGGAGAUGCUGGUCAGAUUGGAAUUCGUGGUGAUCCAGGCACCCCAGGAAGAGACAACACUCAGAGAGGACCAAAAGGUGACCCAGGCGAUGCUGGCCCAGCGGGAGAGCCAGGGGUGGAUGGAAAUAAGGGAGGUCCUGGUGAACCAGGCAGACGGGGCUCUGAUGGUAGACGAGGGUCUCCUGGUCAAGCUGGUGCUGCUGGAAGACCUGGAAGUGAUGGUUUAGCAGGAGAGCCAGGAAUUGGAGGAUCUCGGGGUCCUGCUGGACCUAUCGGAGCACCUGGUGUUAGAGGAGAAGAUGGAAACCCUGGUCCAAGGGGGCCAGGAGGACAGCCAGGACCUGCUGGAGAAAAGGGCAGAAGGGGUGCUGUUGGUCGUAAGGGUGAACCAGGCGAGCCAGGACCUAAAGGUGUUGUUGGACCCUUCGGACCCCGUGGGGAGCCUGGUGAAGAUGGAAGGGAUGGGUUUGGUUUUCCUGGUCCCAAGGGAAGAAAGGGUGAUGAAGGUUUUCCUGGUUUUCCUGGUCCAAAGGGUGCAGCAGGUGACCCUGGUUCAAAUGGAGGCCCUGGUCCUAGAGGAAACAAUGGCCAGAGGGGCACCUCAGGAGUACGUGGUGGUCCUGGACAAAAGGGAGAUAUCGGAUAUCCGGGACCAUAUGGCCUAAAAGGACCUCGAGGACUUGGUGCUGUGCAAUGCGAUCUGGUCAAGAAAAUUAGGGAUAACUGUCCCUGCUGCUAUGGUGCUCAGGAAUGUCCUCUAUACCCCACUGAGAUGGCCUUUGCCCUGGAUGCGUCAGAUGGUGUAUCGCGUGGUGCUUUCAACAACAUGCGAGACACUGUUCUGCGCCUGCUCAGUGAUAUUACGAUUGCUGAGAGCAACUGUCCCCGAGGUGCCCGUGUUGCUCUCGCACUCUACAACAAUGAAGUGACUACCGAGAUCCGCUUUGCAGAUACCCAGAAGAAGCGAGCACUUGUUGAGCGAGUUCAAGGGCUCCAGGCUUUGCAAACCCGUAAGCAGCGCAGCUUGGAGACAGCAAUGAACUUUGUUGCACAGAACACUUUCAAGAGAGUUCGGAGUGGAUUUCUUGUGCGCAAGGUUGCUGUUUUCUUUGUCAACGGACCUGUUAGUGCUACACAAGAAUUUAGUGCUGCUGCUCUGCGCCUAUACGAUGCUGGAAUUUCCUCUGUAUUCCUUCUCAAUCGGGAAGAUCGCCAACUCACAAGAGCCUUGCAGCUUAACAACACUGCAUUAGCCCAGAUUAUUGUCCUGCCCUCACCUGGCAGUGCUGAAUACAACAAUGUCAUCAAGAAGAUCAUGACCUGCCAUAUCUGCUUGGACUUCUGUGCCCCUGAUCAGAUCUGUGAUUAUAUUCCUCCUCGUGGAGUCCGAGACCGAAGGGAUCCCACCACUGACUUAGACAUCGACAUGGCUUUCAUACUUGAUAGUUCGGAGAGCACCUGGCCCUCAGUCUUCACAGAAAUCAAGCAAUAUGUGGCUCUGAUGACAGAACAGCUAGUAAUGUCCCCUGAGCCAACCAGCACUAGCCACCAUGCUCGCGUGGCACUUGUUCAGCAUGCACCUUAUGAAUACUUACACAACAGCAGUGGCAUUCCCAUCAGCGUGGCCUUUGGUUUGACAGAUCACAAGUCACCUCACAGUGUCCGCAGCUUCUUGGAGGAUAAGGUGCACCAGUUGGAAGGAGGACGAGCACUUGCAUCUGCUCUUGAGGGGACUGUUGAACAUGUGUUUGAGAAGGCACCACAUCCUCGACACUUGAAGGUUUUAGUUCUGUUAGUGACUGGACAAGUUGAAUUGGAUGAAGACAGGAUAAUAAGGGCUGCCACUGAAGUUAAAUGCAAAGGGUACUUCAUAGUGGUGAUGGCAAUUGGAAAGCUGUUUAGUACAGGUGAUGUCCGUGUCCUGGCACAAGUUGCAAGCGAGCCUUCAGAUGUGUUCUUUAAGAGGGUGGAUAGACCUUCUGGCUUUUAUGAUGAUCACAUUCAGACCUUCGCCAGACUGUUGCCCAAGUACCUCGGCCUUGAAAAUGCUUUCUAUUUGUCGCCUGAAGUCUCUAAGAAAUGCCAAUGGUAUCAGAGUGACCAGCCACACAAAGCCCCAUUCAGUUUGCCACAAAUAGAGGAGAAACAACAGAAGCAUUAUGGACAGCAGGAGGUUCAUGACAGACAACAUAAAGAAAACAGUAUGGAGGAACUGCAUCUGGUUAAUGUCACCUCCAGCGGAUUCUCCCUACAGUGGUUAAGUGGCGAUUCAAAGGCCACUCAUGAGGUUACUGUAACUCGUCUGAAGGACCAUAGCCUGGUACUCAGGAAAAACGUGACUGGCAGUCAUCUCUCCAUCAGUGAGCUGGAGGCAGCCCAAACCUAUCACGUUGUGGUCAACACUCACAAUGUCAAUGGUCAUGUUGCCAGCACCUACAAAGGCAUAGUUCCCACAAAAUCAGCACAUAUGAAGCCCCUUACUGUAAAUGAUGUGAUGGGGAUUGUGCCCACUGAACCCUUGAGUAAAUCAGAAGCAAAAUCAACAGAACAGAAAAAUCUUAAUGCCAGCGAUAAAGUGGGGAUGAUGCCCACGAUACCCUUGAGUAAACCAGAAACAAAAUCAGAAGAUAAGACCGUUCUUACUCCAAGUGAAGUGAUUGUGCCCACUGCACCCUUAAGUAGACCAGAAAUUAAAACGGCAGAGCAGAAGGUUCUUGGUCCAAGUGAAGUAAUAGGGAUUGUGUCCUCUGCUCCGUUAAGUAAACCAGAAUUAAUGGCUGAGCAUAGUGCAAGUGAUGAUCAUGUCAAGGCUGUUCUCCCGCCAGCACCAGCUCCAGUUCCAGUUAACACUCUUAUGGAGCCAUGCUCACUUGACUUUGACACUGGACUACCAUGCAAAGAUUACCAAGCUAAGUGGUACUUUGACAGAAAGAAUGGAUUCUGUACGCAGUUCUGGUAUGGAGGUUGUGGAGGAAAUGACAAUAGGUUUGAAACUGAGUCUGAUUGCCUCAAACGCUGCAUGAAGACAGUGGCUGAGCAAAGAGCAGCAGACGAGCAUAUCAAAGCUGUUUUUCCGCCAGCACCAGCUCCAGCUUCCCUGCAAGUCACUGUGGAUAUCUGCAAACUACCAAAAGAAGAAGGAUCCUGUGCUAAAUUUGUGCUUAAAUGGCAUUAUGACCCGCUUAGCGGAAACUGCACCCGCUUCUGGUACGGAGGUUGUGGAGGGAACCAGAAUCGCUUUGAUACACAAGAUGAGUGUGAGAAGACUUGUGGGAAAGCAGCACCUGUUAAACAAGGGAUCAUGGCUGCAGUUAAGACAUAGGAACUAAUGGAGACUGUAAGCCAACCGCUGACAUCACUCAGAGGAUAUAGCACCUAAAACUAGAAGCUCCACCACCUCCAAGAUGCCUGCACUGGACCUUGCCAGAGGAUUUAAUCCAAAGAAAACCUUGAAGUAGUAUUUUCCACACAAGAAAAAGAAGUUUCUUUAUUUCAUGCUGGUGCUACAUUGUGUUUUGUUUCUUCUUUUUGUUGAAGAAAACAUUUUAUUGUAUGGGUUUGAACAAACCCAGUGUGGAUGUCCAGGGCAAAAUAGCUUUUUUAUGUUAUUCUGUUUUAGUCAUGUGGUUUGCUCGAGGAAAUAUCUUGAUCAAAACAUAUCAGUAAAUCUUUGUACUUGUGAAACACAUUCAUGACAGUUUAGUUACAUUUAGUAAAUUCUAGUCCGUAAUUACUGCAGUGCCCUCAUUAUGUUUUUACAGCUUGGAAGGAAGAAUCUUAAUUGCUCUUUCUGGUCAUAACGCUGGAGAUCUUCACUGACUUUAAAACAAGCUCCAAGCAAAUGCAAUGUUGAUGUCAGACAAUUAUGAAGUGACCAUCUAAAAAACAGUUUCAUUGUUUUAAAUAAAGACGCAUUGUUUGGAUGUUGAAAUUGCCUUCCAGACAGUUUUGAUUGCAAGAAAAAAAGCAAUUAGAAUGUACUUGUCCACUUUAUUUUUGUGGGUGGGGGUGGGAUUCAACUUUGUAUUUCACUUGGAAAUGGGAAGAUAUAAAUAAAUUAGUCUUUAUAUAAA